AGUUGUGAAUUAAUGAUUGUCAGAAUUAGUUGUAAUCCGAACAUUGGUAGCUUAUCGCACUGUUCACUUUUUGUAGCAUAAAGUGAGGUUAAAUAAUUAGUCAAUAUUGCUCCGGCGGUGAUUACAAGAAAGCGUUGCAAAACAAUGACGAAUCGCGUACAUCAGUUACCGGAUUCAUCAUCUUCACCACCUUCCUUACAAUUUGGAUAUAGUGCAGGAGACAUAUCUGAAGAUGAAGUUUCCGAUUUGCCAAGCUGCGUCUUUGCUUCAAGACCUUCGUCAAACUCAGGACUUCAGCAUCACUAUUUGACCAGCUUGCAUCACAAUUCAGACAGUCAAUGUAGUGGACCUCUUUCUAGUUCUGCGGACUACUAUGGAUCCUCGCCUUACAGAGUUCAAAGACACGCUGCCAACAUUAGAGAACGAAAAAGGAUGCUGAGGUCUGCUAUUGGACCCACCGGCAGUAUAAACUCUGCGUUCGACGAAUUGCGUAUGCACGUGCCAACUUUUCCUUACGAGAAACGACUAAGUAAAAUCGACACACUUCGACUAGCUAUCGCUUAUAUCGCUUUAUUAAGAGAAGUUUUAACAGCUGAUUGCGAUCCACUAACUUACGUAGAACGAUCACUUCGAGGAGAAAUUAAAGCUGAUAGAGUUAAUUGGAAUACUAGUGAUUUAACAGCGAGAUUAUCAUGGAUCAACUGGGAAAAUUUGGGAGUUACUCCAAGUAGACGUAGUGCUUUAACCUCACUAGCACUUACUUCUGACAAUAACCAAUGAAUAAAAUGGCUUGAAUGAAAUAUAUUUUCAUAAAAAGAGGGAUUAUCAAAAUUAUACAAUGGUAAAACCCCAUUUCAAGUCUAUUUACUGGUAUAUCAUUGAGGGGUUAAAUAAAAAGUGGUCGCUAGUUUUAUAAGGGCAUAAAAAAUAUUUCUAGUUUUUUUAUAAAUAAUUAUUUCGAUGAUUUUUCGAAAUCACAGAAAUAUUUUCUGUUCCAUGUUUUGAAAACAAAUUUGUUAAAGUUUAUAAUAUAAGAAGUAGAGAAAAACGUGAUUAUAAUUGGAAAUAAUGAUAAUAACAAAAACUAGCUAAGGAGAUAAUAUUGCCCUGGAGAUGAUUUAGUGACUAGGGACAGAGGAAAAUAGGAAAGACGACACUUAUGUGUAAAACCAAACAAUGUGAAAAUGUCUUAAUAGCUUUAAACAAUGUUAUUGAAAAAAUGGUAAGAGAAUAUACCAAACCCCAACAAAACUUCUGGGUUCUUUAGGGCCGGUCGAAACUACAUCGACGGUUAACAUCGGUUCGGUAUUACAACGUAUUUGCAGCCAUCUGUUGGCCAACCGGAGCUUUGUGCCGAAAAAUUUGCGUUGGCUGCACUGAGAGUUCAAUUUUAACCAAUCAAAUUCGAGUGAACUGACAUUUGCCGAGGAGAGUGUGUCAGUCACAGAACGAGUUUCCACGUUUAGUUUAAAUAUUAUAUAAAUAUUACCAUCAUUACCACUAUCGUUAUAAAGUAAACUGUUACGUAAAAUUUCGAGAGAAGAAGUUCAAGCCAAAGUAAACAAAAAUUGAGGUUAGAAAGUACCUUUCAACUCUCGGUUGACACUUCAAACUGAACUUUCGUUACAGUUGAACCAACAGUCAACCACCCGUUCGACCCCUGGCUAACUUUUAUAAUACGUAAAUUCGGCUUCAACCAACAGAUGCAUCUCAACCUAUGGUCUUAGGGACUUUAUAAUACCGACCCUUAGUCAAACAAAUACCUACACACGAUAAUUGUUUUGUUAUUAAAUGAAUAAUCAGUUUGUAAGAGGAACUACUUUAAUAACAGAAGUCGAAUUUUCUCGUAAAAAAUAGUGCUAAAUGCAAAUUACUUUUUCGAAUUUUAAAAUUGAUUUUUCAAACACACGAAUAUGUUAAAAGUGAAAAAUUAGAAUGUAACUAGUAGUGUAACAUAAGUUAUUUAUUUUACUGAAGAAAUCACACAACUUUAUAACGAAAUUUUAUUGUAUUUAAAUAGUAUAUCUGCAUUGAAAAUUACUAUGGUGUAUUUCAUUGAAUCACAGUUCAAAUUUUGAAUAUUCUACCCUCAAACUGCUGUCUCUUAUCCGGUGGUUUCAACCGUUUUAUAGACCAUGAUGUUAAUGAAUCUGGUAGAAAUCAAAUAGUUUUAUUGAUUAAAAUUUUUAUGUUAUUGUUUUUCUAUAUAAGAAAAUAAACUUUAUUUGAAAAA